CGAAAAUUUUGCUGAUGGCAAUUUAGAACGGGUCCCAUUCAACAUGGUAAGAACGUGACAAAAGGCAAAGCCAAAGGGCCAAGUGGCAAACGGAGAGUCGAACCCGCUGUUGGUACCACAAAGUACUACUUGUUCAGAGAAUACAUAGCAACCCCACUCGGCGUCAAUAUAGAAAUUAGAAUAAAAUUCAUGAAUAUGGAAACCCUAGAAAAUCCAGAUCUAACUCAAUAUUCUUAGAAACUCCCUCUGACGGACAAAAUCUCAAGAAAAUUUUGAAGUUUAAGUUUACCAAUUACAAUCCAAUAAUAUUCAUCUCUCGGUAAAAUUAUUGGGUUUCACGUGGAUUUUGCUGAGGCGAAUUUAAAAGUCUGGGUACAAUUCUAGUUGUGGGUUCUAUGAGUCUACUAGCUUGUUAAAUUCUUGAAGUUUUUGAGAGUUCAAUGAAAUGGACGUAAAUAGAAUUCUUGAUUUUGCAACAUUCGAGUGAGAAAGCUCCUUGCUUGUGUAAGAUACAGUUUUGGGAAUUUCAGUUUCUGUAAGAUACAGGUUUUGGGAAUUCUGUUAUUUACGUGAGAAAACUCUGGAAAAGGGGAUCAUGGGUGAGAAAUUUUGGGCAAAAGAAGACAAGGCCAUGGUGGAAUCUAUAAUAGGUGCCGAGGCCUGUGAAUUCCUCAUCUCAUCGGCUUCUAACAAUGUACUGGCAGAUUUAGUUUCUCCACCGAGCAGUUUGGGUUUGCAGGAGGGGCUGAACCAGCUUGUUGACGGUUCCAAUUGGAACUAUGCAAUAUUCUGGUGUGCCUCCAGCUUGAAAUCUGGUGGGUCCAUCUUGACUUGGGGUGAGGGGAUUUGUCGCAACCAAAAAUGUGGAGCUGGAGAGGGGAAUGCUACUGGUGAUAGAAGAUUGGAGGGAGUUGAGAAUGGAAACGAGUCGAAGAAGCGUGUGCUUCAAAAGCUCCAUUCCUGCUUUAAUGCAUCAGAUGGUGACAAUUAUGCAGCCAAUUUGAAUGGGGUUUCAGAUGUCGAGAUGUUUUAUCUUACUUCAAUGUAUUUUACUUUUCGGUGUGAUUCAGCUUAUGGUCCUGCAGAAUCAUAUAAGUCUGGUAGAUCAAUUUGGGCUUCGGAUGUGAUUACUUGUUUAGAACAUUAUCAUUUGAGAUCAUUUUUAGCAAGAUCAGCUGGAUUCCAAACAUUGGCUUUUUUUCCUGUCAAGUCUGGAGUUGUGGAGCUUGGUUCAAUCAAAUCAAUUCCUGAAGAGCAUAUUAUUGGGGAACGGGCAAAAACCAUAUUUGGGGGAGCAAAUGCUUUACAGGCAAAGACAUGCCCGAAAAUAUUUGGGCGUGAAUUGAGUCUGGGUAGCUCGAAAUCACGAUCAAUUAGCAUUAAUUUCUCCCCAAAGGUUGAAGAUGAUCUGAUUUUUACUUCAGAAUAUCCAGAAGCAAUUGGCACUAAUCCAGUUAAUGGAAGUACUUCUAGUGGCUGCCCAAGCGACAUUAAUGAAGCAAAAUUGUUUCCACAUCUGAACCAAAUGAAUGUUCCUGGUUUCAAUACCGAAACAAUGGUUACUGGCUUGGAGCAGCCUAAGGAGGACUUGUCUCCUCAUCAAAAUGAACGGAAACCAAGGAAGAGAGGGAGAAAGCCUGCGAAUGGGAGGGAAGAGCCUCUGAAUCAUGUGGAAGCAGAGCGUCAGAGGAGAGAGAAGCUCAAUCAGAGAUUCUAUGCACUGAGAGCUGUUGUGCCCAAUAUCUCUAAGAUGGACAAGGCCUCUCUGCUGGGUGAUGCUAUUACUUACAUAACCGAUCUCCAGACAAAGAUUAGAGUUUUGGAAACUGAAAAGGAGAUGUCAAACAAUAAUCAAAAGCAGUUUCCAGUGACAGAGAUUGAUUUCCAGGCAAGACAAGAGGAUGCUGUGGUGAGGGUGAGUUGUCCUUUGGAUGUUCACCCAGUUUCUAGCAUACUAGAAUCGUUUCGAGAACAUCAAGUUACAGCACAAGAAUGUAAUAUGUCAGCAGCGGAGAAUGAUAAGAUUAUUCACACUUUUUCUAUCCGAACUCAAGGUGGCGCAGCCGAGCAGUUGAAGGAGAAACUGGAGGCUGUUUUCUCCAAAUGAUAGCACUGUAUACUUAGCGUUCUGUUCAUACUCUGAGUUUCAGCCGAUGCAGCUCCUCUUUAAAAAAGAUGCAGGAAUUAUGUUGCUCCUUGGCUAAGAAAUGAUAGGCCACUGGUACGAUUAAUUAUUUGUACUCUAACUUGUGUUGUUGUAUGAACUGCUUACGCCAAAUAUUCACCCUAAGAAUUUCACUUGUUAA